AAUGAAAAUAAAUUAACUCUCUUGCUAAAUAGGAUUGAUUAUGGAAGGAAUAGGCGACACAGACAAUACCAUAUGGAUUUUUUCAUUCAAGGUAUCCAACAAGCUUUAGAAACCAGAAGGUAUUCAAUACUUGAAUUUCUUAAAAUGGCCGCAAUUCGACGUGUGGAAGUUCGAUAUCGUUUAGAUGUAGCCGUAAUGAGACAACGAUACUUCAAUGAUGAUUUAAUAAUGGAAGAAGAAGUUUUGUUAGAACAUAUUCGCGAUGUUGCUCAGCUACUGGCAAUACAAGCACCAAUGGGUGAUGAAAAUCCGAUUGAUGGCGUUAACUAUUACGUUGGUGAAACCAUAAUGCAAGAAGAGCAAGAGAUUGCCCCUUGGAUUCAUGCUGCAACAGCGGGGAUGAUAUUUCAAGAUCAACCUGCUGCUGAAAAUAAUACUCAGUGCUGUGUAUGUCUGAUGAAUGAGGCAAAAGCUGUUUUCUGUCCAUGUGGACAUUUAUGCUUAUGCAUGGAAUGUAAGCACAAGACAGGAAUAUCUCCUAAAUCUACCCCUAGACCGGAUCAAAACAGACUAAAAUUCGUUUGUUUUAUAUGUCAAACACCAAGCCAUUCAUUAAUGGCUAUUUUCUAA